GUAAUUAAUGUGAUUUUGUUAAUAAUUGUCUUCAGUUUGUAAUCAAUUGAUUCAACAUUUUUGAUGAACUUUUAGCCGAUUUAUCAAUCGAUGCGUUGAAUCGGUUCAUCAAAUGGUCGCACAACUGGUCGCCAACUAAGACAACACCGCAAUAAUUGAGAUGUCUUAUUGUCAAGAGAUAGGAAAAGAUCGCAUAAUAUUUGCCACAAAAGAGGAUCACUCGAAGCCAUCGACCGUUGAAUUAACCGAUGAAAGCGCCGAUGAGCCGCGCGGUCUAAUUCUGCCCAACGGUGAUAUCAAUUGGAACUGUCCGUGUUUGGGAGGGAUGGCCAGUGGGCCGUGCGGUUACCAAUUUCGGGAGGCAUUUGGUUGCUUUCAUUACUCGACCGCYGAGAAUAAGGGCGAAGACUGUGUCGAUAAGUUUACCGAAAUGCAGGACUGUAUGUCUCAAUACCCGAACUUAUACUCCAGAGAUAAAGACAUCGCCGAUGAUAAUACACUUAUGAACGGUUCGGAUGGACAACCAUUAGAUGAUAACAAAAGUGUUGAACAAAAAUCAUAAUUUUUAUGUUAUUAACAUUACA